AUGACAAUCACAUAUGUAACGGCUGGUCCGGAAGGCGGUGAACCAAAUGCUUUUGGCACAAAGAUCAGGGAGGAUGUGCACAUCCCGAAAGCACCUCCUCCACCGAUACAAAGGGGUUCUACCAUCACCAAUUUGGGAUCCUUAAGGCAAAUCAACAAGCAACUCAAUGUUUCCUGUGCAGUGUUCUUUCUGUUCGUCUACGGCGGCAUGGACUUUGCCCACAGUGCGGGUUGGAAUCAGACCCUGAACACCACCGCCACGCAGGUCUUCAAAUGCAGUUGGUUCAUUGGAGUUCUGGCCGGAGCAGCAGUGGCCUCCCUGGCGAUGACCUUUCUGCCAAAGCUGCCGUUCUAUGUCCUUGGGGGCAUUAUGCAACUCAUUGGAUCGAUUAUUUUCACAUGUGCCCCCUUUCAUUACGACUGCCUUCUGGCCGCUCGUUAUGUUGCCGGAGCAGGAAUUGGAUUGAUCACUGUUCCCUUCCUCAUCCAUAGUGCCGAAGUGGCGUCCAAUAACUAUCGUGGGGUUAGCGGAUCCAUGGAGCAGUGUGGCCUGGCCUUGGGCAUCGCCAUCCAGGUUAUCUACGACACCCAGUGGGUGGAUGACAAGGAGGCAUCCGUCAACGAGGUUCAUGGGAUCAUAGGAAUUGUGUUUUCUCUACUCGGUCUUGGGAUGACUGCCCUUUCGAUAGAGUCACCCAUCUUCCAUCUCCGACGCAACCAGGAGGAGAAGGCCCGCGAAUGUCACCAGAAGCUACUGGGAAGCUUUAACCAUUCGGCAGAUCAGGAAUUCGAGGAGGUCCAGCUGUAUGUGGUAGAGAGCCAGAAGAGGACAUUUUUCCAGGAGCUCUGGAGCUCAGUGGUGCCCUUCAUAAAAGUGCUGCUCUAUCGCGGCUUCGUCGCCUUCUCAUUUUCCCUGCCCCUCUCGGAAUCCCUCAUCAAGAGCGCCCUCUUCACCGAAGGAUACAUCUCCUGUUGGCCAGUGACCGUUUGGGGAUUGGUCCGCUUGCUUGGAGCUUUAGUUGCCCAGGGAUUUCUGGACAAGAUGGGACGCAAGCUAAUCUCACUCGUGGGUCUACUCUGCAUGGCCAUCCUGAUGCUCUGCAUGGCUGUCUCCUAUGCAGAUCCUGCGAAUGUGCUCGUCACCUACUACAUGAACCAGGUGUGGAAACUGGGCGUAGCUUUCCAGGCCUUCGCAGGACUCUUUGUCUGCAGCUCAUCGGUUUACCUGGGCGAAGCCUUCCCCAUGAAAGUGAAACCCUUCCUUGUGGGUUAUGUGAUUGGCUUCGAGCAGACGGUGCAUAUUAUCAAUAUUGUGGGCUACAAUCGGGGUUCCGAGACUUUUUUCUACCACUACUAUCUAUCUGUGGGAAUUAUCCUGUUUGUUGGAGUCAUUUUCUUCGGAAUCGUAAUUCCAGAAACUAAGAAGAUAACACUGCGUGAAGCUAAUAAGAGAUUCCAGCGAUUGCACAAUAUACGAUUAUUUUAA